GGUUUGGCUACUGUCCUCUUCUCUACUUUCUGAUCCGAGACGCGAGACACUCUGCAGCCGAGCGGCCCAAACAUGCUGCGCGGCCCGGCCCACCCCAUGCCGGCGACCGCCGCCGCCGCCGCCGGCGGGCAGCCGCUGGUGGUGACGCUCAACUGCCUCGAGGACCCGUCGGUGGAGCGGGACGCGCUGGCUGGCGCGGCGGCCGUGGAGCACGCGCCGCUCUCCGCGCUCUCCUCGGGCCACGUGGAGUCCGCCGCGGUCGUGCUCCUCACCUCGCUCGCCUUCCUCCCGCGCGCCGCGCAGCGCCGGCUCCGGCCAUGGCAGCUGCUGCUGUGCCUGGGAUCGCCCGACCGCGCAGCGGACGCCGCCGCGGCCGCUGAGCUCGGCCUCCGUCUCGUCCACGUCGACGCCAACCGCGCCGAGGAGAUCGCUGACACGGUCAUGGCGCUCUUCCUCGGCCUCCUCCGCCGCACCCACCUGCUUUCCGGGCACGCGUCCUCCUCCGCGCCGUCCGCCGCGUGGCUCGGCUCCGUCCAGCCGCUGUGCCGCGGCAUGCGGCGCUGCCGUGGGCUCGUACUCGGCAUCGUCGGCGUCAACGCCGCCGCGCGGUGCCUCGCCACACGCAGCCUCGCCUUCCGCAUGAGCGUGCUCUACUUCGAUCCGCUCUACGAGGGUGCUGGCAAAACAAGGAGGCCUUCUAUUGUAUUUCCUUCUGCUGCCAGAAGAAUGGAUACUCUGAAUGAUUUAUUGGCAGCAAGCGACCUUGUUUCACUCCACUGUACGUUAACAAAUGAUACAACAAACAUACUUAGUGCUGAGCGCCUGCAGCACAUAAAACCUGGAGCUUUCAUUGUCAAUACCAGUAGCUGCCAGCUGAUAGAUGACUGUGCACUGAAACAACUCUUGCUCGAUGGCACUAUAGCCGGAUGCGCAUUGGAUGGUGCUGAAGGUCCACAAUGGAUGGAAGCAUGGGUACAUGAGAUGCCAAAUGUGUUAAUUCUUCCUCGAAGUGCAGACUACAGUGAAGAAGUGUGGAUGGAAAUUAGAGAGAAAGCAAUCGCAAUAUUACAGUCCUUUUUCUUUGAUGGCAUUGUUCCAAACAAUGCUAUUUCUGAUGACGAUGAAGCAUUAAGUGAAGUUGGUUGUGAAGAUGAUCAGCUAUAUAAACAGGCAAAUGAACACGAACAGCAGACAGAUGAAAGCCAACUGACUCUAGAGUGUGACAAGAGAAGAGCUAUCUACAAGCCAGAAGUCCCUGAAGCUUCAGCGUCGUCCCAAAAUAUUGGCUCCAGAUCAGAAGGGAGACGCAGCCGAUCUGGGAAGAAAGGGAAAAAGAGACCUGCACGGCGCAGAUCGCAACAGAAGAUGGAUGAGUUAUCAACUGUGGAGAGUGGAAGUAAUUAUUCUUCACGUAGAGAGGAUGAUACCAUAAUGAGUGGUAGGGAUCAGGUGUUAAGUUCCAGUUCACGAUUUGCUUCCCCUGAGGACUCCAAAAAUAAGCUCAGGUCUUCUGCUGAAUCUCCAAUGGAAAUAAUUUCUGAACACAAGUUAUCUGGAGGGCUUGGUAGAAAGCCUCCCGAGAGGCUCAAAGAUGGCUUUGUUGUUGCCCUAAGGACAAGAGAUAAUUCGGGUUUCCAUGUUUCAAGAGAAAGAGUUGCUGGUGGUGGCUGGUAUCUUGAUGUUGUGUCAAAUGCUACAAAGAGAGAUCCUGCUGCUCAGUUCCUAAUCACAUUUAAAAAUAAGGAUACGAUGGGACUCCGAUCUUUCGUUGCUGCGGGCAAACUAUUGCAGGUUAAUAAGAAGUCGGAGCUUGUUUUUGCCAAUCAUGCUUUUGAUGUUUGGGAGAGCUGGACGCUAGAAGGAUCUUUGCUGGAAUGUUGCAGACUGGUCAACCACAGAAAUUCUUCGGCUGUAUUGGAGGUCUACAUUGAAAUCCUCGCAGCCGUGAGCGAAGAAGAUGGCGUCACCAGGUGGCUCGAUUGAUCAAUGAUCCACCUGCCUUAUAGGACAAUUAAAACAACUGACUCUGUGUUGUAUUCUGGCUGGUCUGGGUUUGUCCAAGUUUACUCUAUUCUCUUGCCAAAUGAUCACUUUUGGCCAUUCUGUUCCAGACAUCUUGCAGAGCCACUGUGAAUUGUUUCAUAGUUUUGGUGCUGUAGUCAUGUAUGAGUAUCCAGUGUGAACGGCACGCGUGCUAUUUCCAGUGGAGAAUCUAGCCUAGUAUUUCACACCCUGAACUUGUGAAGAAUUACAUUACACACUCGCAAAAGAUUCAGUCUGUAGCAUUCAAGUCGCAGUAAUCAGUUAUUCCUCA